AUGAAGGACUCAGGUGUGUGUGUGUCGCCCCCUGCAGGUAAGAACCGUCGUCUGAAGCAGGCCAAAGAGGAAGCUCAGGCUGAGAUCGAACAAUACCGACUCCAGAGAGAGAAAGAGUUCAAGACCAAGGAGGCGGCCGCCCUUGGUUCCCACGGUAACAGCGCGGUGGAGGUGGACCGGGACACGGCUGAGAGGAUGGGUCGUAUCCAGAACAGUUUCAGUGGUAACAAGGAGAAGGUCCUUGGCGAGCUGCUGAGGCGCGUCUGCGACAUCCAACCUGAGUUCCACGCCAACUACCGUGUGGCUGGCUGAGGGGGCGGAGCCUCAGAUUUACUGUGGGGGUGGAGAGAAGGCUGUAAGGGGCGGAGCAAACAAGGAGACGUGGAUGUUAGCAAUGCUAGCUUAGUUAGCAAUGCUAGUUCAGUUAGCAAUGCUGGCAAAGUUAGCUUAGUUAGCUUCUGUGGUUAAACUGUCCAGAUUCUUAUUUUGAAGGUGCACAGUUCACAUCUUCCUGUUUCCUCCUCCAAAAUAAAACACAAAGUCAGUAGAUGUUGUUACCGUGGCGAUGUUUACGAAUUAUUUAUAAAUAUCAAAAAAAAGUUUUUGGCUCCUCUUCAAAAACUUCCUGAUUCUACCAAAAUAAAAGCCUUUAGUAACCGUGACUCCGCCUCUGGAGGAAUCAGACAUUGAUCUGACACCUGAUUGGCUGAAACGUCAUGAAGGCUUUUAUUUUGAAGUUCUUGUGCUUUGUUUUGUAUUUUGUUGUUGUUUCCUGUCUGUGACCAUGUGACUCUGUAAAGAGAAAAUAUUAAAGUGAAUGGUGAUUGGCUGAA